UCAGUAUUAGAAUAUAGCUCGCCAUCCUGGGUUGAGUACCUUAAUAUUACCUUAAAAUAAAUUGAUUGCUCUCCACGAACAAACCCAUUCGUCACGAACAUCUAUUGAUCUUCUUUCCGAAAAUUUUUUUCUCCAAGAUCCUGUCAACUUCAUUAUUUCUGAAAUUCCAGACCAGAAAUAUGGGGAGGACUCCAUGUUACAAUGAAGCUGGUCUAAAGAAAGGUGCAUGGACGGCCGAUGAAGAUCAUAAACUCAUCGCUUAUAUUCAAGAACACGGCGAAGGUGGCUGGCGAACCUUGCCGCAAAAAGCUGGUCUCCAAAGAUGUGGGAAGAGUUGCAGAUUAAGAUGGGCUAACUAUCUUAGACCUGAUAUAAGGAGAGGAAAGUUUAGUACAGAAGAGGAGCAAAAAAUCAUUCAACUUCAUGCUUCUCUGGGCAACAGAUGGUCUGCCAUUGCGAGACACCUUCCAAAACGAACAGACAAUGGGAUCAAGAAUUAUUGGAAUACGCAUCUCAAGAAACGAUUAAUUGAUAUGGGUGUUGAUCCUAUAACUCACAAGCAAAUUGGUCCUACAUCUAAUGGUAAUUCAACUGAUGAUAUUAGACCAAUCCAACGGUCAGUUUCUACUUCAGCUAAGUUGCUCAACAAAGUUUCUGCUAAGCUUGCCCAAAUUCACUGGAAAGAUUCUUCAAAUGGUCUUGAUGCAAUCAAAAAAGUUUUGCUAAAUUCAACUAAGGAUAAUAACAUAACUCUUAGUGGAGGUUGUGACGGUACUAAUGGUGAUGGCAAUGGCGGCGAUGAUAGCGAUAAUGAAAUUUUAGCAUCCAUACCAAAAGUGGGUAGACCUAUUUCACGGUCAAAUUCAAGUCGAUUAAUAAAUAAAGUGGCUACCAAAUUAGUACCAUCAAAAGGUCUUGACUUGAUCAAGGAGCGAUUAGGUGCAACAACAUCAAACCAGUCUUUAGCGAGUAUUAGUGUUUCGGAUGCUAGUAUUGCCGGGAUAAGCAGCUACAAUAAUAUUGAGUCUCCGAUAUCCAUAUCGGAAUACUUAGAAGACAUACCAACAUUAUCAUCUAAAUGCGACUCGUAUGAAUCUACAAGAAAUUUAGGCAAUGUCAGAGAAGAUGAAGUUAAUGAAGCAUUCGCCGUGCUUCUUCAAACAAUGUCUCCCUGUGAAUUAGAAGAUUAUUUAGGGAAUUAUGGAGGAGAAGAUGGUGGAACAUUAUUGACAAAUAAUAAUUUGAGCCAGAACGAGGAUGUUCAAGUUGACAUAUCUAGUGCUCAGAACAGUAAUUUUAUAGAACAAGUUUCAGAUAUGCCUUUCGGUGGUGGCUAUGUUAGUGCUUAUAAUUAUGACGAGCGCUUCAACAGUAGAGACUAUUACAAUGGUGAGGGAGAAAGCAGUGGUGGAGGAUUGGAUGUGAGUUUGAAUUAUUGGAAUGAUGAUUUUGAUUUGGGGAAUUAUGCAAUUCAAUAAUUUAUGUAAUUAGAUUUUUUUUUAGUAAAUUAAUUACUUCUUAUAAGGACGUCAUUUUUGUUAGACAAAGAUACGGCAUGCAAAUAAAAAAAAUUAAAAAUUUUGAGAGAAUAAUAUUUGCUCAAAAUUUUCUUUUUAUCAA